AUGUCAAAAUUAGAAGGAAAACUGAAACUUGGCAAUCAUCAAGCAGAACUUAUCUUACGAAACAAGCCGAUUAACCUGCUUAAAGAUCAUGAAUAUUCUAAAUGGAUUGCAUCACAGGCUGAAACAGAAAUGAAAACGGAAGAUAUUACCAAAAUUAAAUUUUUUCGAUUAAAACUUCUUCCUGAACAAUAUUGCUAUGCUGAAUAUUAUUAUCCGGAAAAUGAACCAUAUCGCGUCUAUUUUCAUAAAGUAUCUAAUCAGUGGUAUGUUUAUAAAAGUUACCAACGUAUCAGUGAUCUCUUUGCAAUUGAUAACUUCAAUGCAAAAGUAUAUUAUAUGGGUGUUAUUCCAAAUGAUAUUAUGAAUCGUGGUGAUUUUUAUGAAAUUAAUGAUUUCAUUUCGACAGUUUCAGUACUACAUGGUGAAUAUAAUCGUAAAUUGGAACUACAACACAUUACAGGUGGUGGAUUUCGACCAAAUUUGCGAACAAUGAAAGGUCGCAAAGUGUUACCAACAUUUUUGGCAUCGCACGCAAGAGAACAAAAAAAUGGGCCAUCUAUGAUAAAAAUCUUAAUCGAUCGUCAUAUUGCUGCUAUACGAGCUUAUCAGAAGAAACGACUUCAAAAUAUUGAGAAAAUUUUGGAGCAGAAUAAUAUUGCUAAACAAAUUAAGGCAUACAUUUUAUGA